UAAGUGAAAACGGCGAAAUGACGUAGGAUCAUUCCUCCCUCUGGCCUGGAGACCUGCAGAGUCAUGGCGGACAGAAACAGCAAGGACGCUGCCAGCGGUGAUGCUUACGACGAUUCUUCGCUUCCAAACCCUUACGCAGGCUUACCACAGCAACCACCACACAUCGAAGGUUUUCAGGUAUGGCGUGCCCCUGCACAAGAAGGAUUUGGGGAGAAGUUCAAGAGAAAGACUAUGGAGAACCCCGCCGUUCCCAUCGGCUGUGCUCUGACAGCAGGAGCCCUCAUCUAUGGCAUUAGCACCUUCAGCAGUGGGAACAGGAGGAGGUCACAGACCAUGAUGCGAGCACGUGUGGUGUUUCAGGGCUUCACUCUGGCUGCCAUCCUGGUAGGGGUGGCAUGGAAUGGCAUCAAGUCUAAGAAGUAAACCACACCAGUGACACCACUAUACUAUUGUACCAGGCUAACAACACAAGGAUAGUUCUCUGCAUCAGGACAGCUUAUGCUGUGUGAGUUACAGAAUUUGCGAGGAAGAAAAAAAAAACUCUGCAGCCUGCAGGAAAAACUUGCAGUUGUAGCCGUCACAACUAAGACCUGUCCUGCUACGUAAAUCUUUAAGUUAAACACAAAUGUAAUAUUUCCUCUACAGUUCUUCUGCCUUCUUGCCACAGUAUGCAGAUUACAUUUUAUGUAGUGUAUCUUUUGGUACCACAUAUGGAUGUGUUGUGUGCAGGUAAUGUAGUUGAAACCUUAUGCUUUUGAAUUUAGGGCCUGACUUUGGCAAGAAAAAUGUACCAAAAAUAGCAAAAUGGAAAGAAAAUGUACUGGGAAUGUCAGAAGGCUAAAAUAGACUGUGCAGAGAAGGUAGCAUUCUGGACCUAUCAUAUAAAAGUUGUUGCUUGUCAUGUUGCAUACCAGUAAUCAUGAUAUUUUUUUGUGUGAGUUUUAUCUGUAUAGAUGCAACAAGUGUGAUGUGUACAGCAUUGCAGUGUCACAGCUUUACAUACAAAUAAGAUCAUGCAGAAAACAAGGCAAGCUGUCUUUGUGGGAACAUGGAAGGUGUAGUAACUUUGGGAAGGUGUUACAUAUAUACAUUUAGCAAAGUAGAUAUGGACCAAGAUCUUAAUGUCAACAUAUGGGAUCGUUGUUGUAUAUGUUAUGUUGAUAUAAAUGUAUUUUUAAAAAUGCAUACAUUCAACUGUUGUACUUUGAAAAUUGUAAAUCCAAGACUGUGUAAAAAAGAUGCAGAUUCCUUCAAAACAGUUGAUGUUUUGUAUGAUAACAUGUAACAUUGAUAAAGGAAACAGUUGAUUCAAAACAAGA